AACUAUUCUAAGAGACCACAACAUUCGGGCCGAUGUACAGGCAACAUAAAUAAACUUUGCCGUUUUGGCUUACCACUCCGAAUUGUAACUAACAAUGGCACAAACUUUGCCUCGGAAGACCUCCAUAACUGGAUGCAAGAGUUGCACACUUUCUCCUCCGUUGCGCAUCUUCAAGGCAAUGGCCAGGUAGAAAGUGUCAACAAGGUCCAUUCCGAACGAACACUUGCUCGGGUUGAGCUUCAUGUUAACGUUGCGCAAUGAGUUGAAGGUUUUUUCAAUGUCUUUCAACAUCUGAUCCUCUUCUGGGCUCAUGACUACUAAACCAUCGAUGUACACUUCGAUAUGCUUCCAAAUAUCGUCGCUGAAAGUUUGGUCCAUCAAGCGCUGGUAGGUUGCGCCAGCAUUGCGUAGGCCGAAAGGCAUCUUGGUAUAACAGAAAAUACCCAUCUCUAUGCGAAAUCUCGUCUUGUCUUCAUCUUUGAGGGCCAUUUGCACUUGAUGGUAACCCUUCAACUACAUAUCAUACCAUGGUUUCUUAAAAAAUUUGCAACAUACACCAAUAUAUGUGUAUGAACCCAUACUAAAACUUGACCCAUUUCUCAUUGGUUGGUGUAUUUAACUAAAAAGAUCCAUUUUGUUACCUCUUUUUAACUAGAUGACAAAUAUGCAAGUACAAACUCUAGCCAAGCAUACUUAUAUACCACUUUGCAUAUCCAACAAUUGCAUUACUUGUUGAAAGAUGCUCAUGGCCUCAUCAACUCACUUUCUUUAUCUUACUUUCUUCAUUGCUUCUUUCACACAAGUUUUCCCCCUCAAUGAGGUCAUGAAAUCAUCUCUUAUGUACCCAUUAACUUGUUCUGAUUACACACAUACAUGUGAUUCAUAUCUAUACCACAUCUCCAAAGGCCAUAAACUCGACGAAAUCGCCUCUUUCUACUCAGUUAACACUUCAAGAAUCACACCAGUUAAUCACCAGUCUAAUCUUGAUUAUCUAGUUUCCGUUCGAUGUGCUUGUGAGAAAGACAAUAACGGUAAUGGAUAUUAUUUGUAUGAUUCGGUUUAUAAACGGAAGCCAGGAGAGGGAGUUAGAUACAUAUCGGAUGAGUAUUACAGUGGGCAAGUGUGGUAUGUUAGUGGAGAAGAUGAAGAACAACUUACUUUACAUCUUGUUUGUGGUUGUUUGGAUGAUGAAUCUCGAAAAGUUGUCACGUAUACUAUUCAAGCUCAAGACACUUUGCUUGGAAUAUCGCAACUUCUUUCGGCAAAAGAGAAUGAGGUUGAGAAUCUAAACAAGGCCUUGACUCAAGAUCCUAAUUAUAUGGAUAUCGGGUGGGUAUUAUUUGUGCCUCAAGAGAAUAACAGGAUUCGAACAUCAAAGAAAUCAAGGAUGAAGACUUGGAAGCUAAUCAUCUUUAUAGUCGUAGCUUUGGUUUUGGUCACGUCGGCUUUCGUGGUCUUGUUUCUUCAUAGAAAAAGACGGGCUCGAAAGAUAAAAGCCAACGAAUCAAAAACAAUCAGAAAUGAAGUAACUGGUGGGAAGACUACACUUGAAAAUCAUUUUUUUAACGUAGACAUGGAAGAGGCCGCAUCAAACAUCGAGUCGGAAAAACCAGUUAUAAUCAGUUUGGAGGAGAUUGAGCAGGCUACAAAUAGUUUUGAUGAAGCCAGAAAAAUAGGAGAAGGUGGAUAUGGUAGUGUGUACUUUGGCAUAAUAAGACAAAGGGAAGCUGCAAUAAAGAAGAUGAGAUCUAACAAGUCAAAGGAGUUCUUUGCAGAACUUAAGGUUCUUUGUAGGAUACAUCAUAAUAAUGUGGUACAACUUUUGGGAUAUGCAAGUGGUGACAACCAUCUUUAUUUGGUAUAUGAGUAUGUCCCAAAUGGAACACUUAGUGACCAUCUUCAAGACCCUUUGCUAAAAGGCCACCAACCGCUUACAUGGACAGCAAGAGCAAAUAUUGCACUUGAUGCUGCUCGGGGAAUCGAAUACAUUCAUGAUCAUACAAAGGCCCGUUAUGUUCAUCGAGAUAUUAAGACAAGUAAUAUACUUCUUGACUUGGGACUCAAAGCAAAGGUUGCAGAUUUUGGACUUACUAAAUUCAUUGAACGCGCAAAUGAAGACGAAUUAGUAGCCACGAGAGUUGUGGGUACUCCUGGCUAUCUUGCUCCAGAGUCAAUAAGUGAAAUGCAAACCACGUCAAAAACCGAUGUUUUUGCAUUUGGGGUGGUUCUAGCAGAGUUGAUAACGGGUCAGAAAGCACUUGCACGCGAUAAGCAGGAACCAAACAAGCUCAAGACACUAGUUUCAGUGAUACGUGUAAUAUUCCAAGAUCAAGAUUCAUCAGCUGCAUUGGAAUCUCAAAUUGACACCAAUCUAAAAGGAAGCUACCCUAUAGAAGAAAUCCAUAAGAUGGCUGAAACGGCUUUCCAAUGCUUGAGCGAAGAUCCAGCUAAUAGGCCAGAAAUGCGCAACGUGGUCACAAUAUUGGGUCAAAUUGUUAUGGCCUCUAUAGAAUGGGAAGCAUCACUUGGUGGGUCAAGUCAAGUUUUUAGUGGGGUGUGUGAUGGAAGAUAAAACAGCUGCACAAAGCAUUGUUUAUAACCAAAACACUCAUGAAUCUAUAGUUCAGCAGUAUAGAUGGACAACACAAGAAGUGUGAAGUGACACUGUUGUUGAUUUAUUAUACCCUGAAAUUGCAGCAUAGAAAUACCAAAAACAUUCUUUUUGUACCUUAACAAACUGUUUUAUAAUGUUUGGUUUGAUCAAACAGAUUCGGUAUGUUCAGUUGAGAGUCGUUUGGAGA